GGGCUUUUUCAGGGGGGUCUCUGUUUAUUUCCUGUCAGGGGUUCUCAAUGGGAAUUUAUUUCUAGUGCAAAUGCAACAUUGCAGCUCAGUCACUCUGGGAGUUGUGCGCUUUGCCGGGACAAAUAUGCUUGGAUCAUGGCACAACUCGACUUGCCUUCACCAGGCCCUUAGAUGACUACAGAUAUUUAUAACUCAGUAGCAAAGAUAUCUGAUCCCCUGCUACCAAAAAUCCUGCCUGGGGAACCAUGCUUCCCCCGUGUAUGUUCACCCUGGAAUUGUUAUAGGAGACUUGUCAAUAAAUAGGUUGUAGUUUGAAACUGGCUAAUGGGCAGACAGGAGGUUUUCAAAGGACCUUCCAUAACAUUAAAACCUAUCGUUUCCAACCCACAACCUUCAAGGUUUGGAAUACAAGUCUGCUUCCUUGCCAAAAGAUGCCAUUUCCCUUGUUCACAUGCUGUGUUGUGUUGUAGAGUUAUUGGUGAGCUGUGUGUGUGAUUGCGGGGAGCCAGUUUGACCCUUGCAGUGAGAGAGUUUAGAAAUUCACUCUGUGCUCUACACCCAACGGUGGCUCUGGGUCGGUUGCUAGCCUGGGCGGGGCAUCAGACUAGUUUAAGAGGAUGGGAUGAGUGGAGGUGUAGCGUGACACCUUACUCAUCUUCUCCGAGGGCAGUACCGAAUGCGUCUUUGCUUGUGACGGUAGUUUGUAUGCAGAGAGCUACAGACUCAGACGGCAGCUACUCUUUACUUGGCUCCUCCACAGGAUGGCAUGAUGCCAACCUCCACGGAUCUACAAGUCAGCCCUCAGUCCCAAGGAUUAUACAGCCUAGUGAAAAGGGAAAAACAGGGAGCAAGCAGAAAAUAGGGAACAAGAAAAAGGAAGGAAAAAAAGGGGAAACAAGGCAAGGAGGAUGGGGAAAAAAGAUGAAGAGCCAGAAUGAGUGAAUGGGCACGGGAAAAUGGAGAGGUUGUAGUUGUGCCAGGAGGCAAUAUGGGUAACGUGGUGUGAGGGGGCACCCAAUCCAUCAAAGGGGGAUGUGGACCUUUACCAGAGAAAGAUUUGGGGAGCUACUGCUUCUGUAUCCUUAUCUUGGGGUGUGUGAGAGUGUUCCAUUGGACAAUUCUAUAUUUGGAGUUCCUUGCAUGACAGAUGAUGCAGUUCUCUUUGCUAUUUCUUCUUUAAGUUGUUGGGUUGAAAAUGGUAGUCUCUUUCUGUGGCAAACUGAUUGGUGAAACCAAGGUAUGAAAUAUCUUCUGUUUUCCCCAUCCUUCAGCCCAUACUGCGCCUGCAGUCACAAAAAUGCUUUGUGCUUGGCUGAAGGGAGGUGAUGUUUACACACACGAUGGUUUGUUUUCCCUAAACCUCCAUGCCAAGCAUUUUUUUGUCCUGUCCAUGGAGUGACUUUGGUGUUUAUUCAGGCAGAGCUCUCCUGACUCUGGUGUCAGUGACAUGAAAUACAUCCAGCCUGCUGUGUCAGCUGCAUGAGACAACUAGCUGGAGGGGCAUGUAAUUAAAUGAGAUCUGUUCAAAAGCAAGAAUUUCAAGAAGCUGGAUUCACUGGUCAUUCCCCUUCUACCACAAAGAAAAUGUUCUGAAGAAGAAAUUGGAUGGUGCCUGUUGAAAUUAAAUCGUGUCUGAGAAACACCCCAUCACCCUGAGGCCUGUUUGACACAGAGAGUUCCCACAACGGCCUGCCUCUGCAAGUGAUGGGCUCGGAGAACAGCGCUUUAAAGACCUGCAUACUGGAAGAGCCACCUUACACGUUGCCGACUGGACUCACAAUUUACCCAGCUGCGUUGCAAGAUGGCAAGCCUGCCUCAGUCUUUGUGUAUAAAGCAGAGAAUGAAGACACAGUUAAUAAAGCUGCCAAGCACCUGAAAACCUUACGCCACCCUUGCCUUCUGCGCUUCCUCUCGUGUACUGUGGAGCCAGAUGGAAUUCACCUGGUUACGGAGCGCGUGAAGCCUUUGGAGAUGGCCCUGGAGGAGCUCUCCUCUGAUGAGAUCUGUGCGGGGAUCUAUGAUGUAUUGCUAGCGCUCAUCUUCCUCCACGACCGGGGAAACCUAACGCAUAACAACGUCUGUUUGUCGUCUGUGUUUGUAAGUGAGGAUGGGCACUGGAAACUAGGAGGAAUGGAAACGGUUUGCAACCUUAAUGAAGCUACCCCCGAGUUCCUGUGCAGUAUCAAGUCGGUGCGAGACCAGGCAACCAUCCCACCGGAAGAGCUGUCUGCAGAUUUCAGAAUUCUUCCUGAGAGCCACGGACAUGCCCGGGAUGCCUAUUCAUUUGGAACAAUGGUUGAAAAUCUGCUGACAUUCUUAAACGAUCAGGUUUCAGCGGAUAUUCUCUCCAGUUUUCAACAGACCUUGCACUGUACACUGCUGAAUCCAGAUCCAGAGAGUCGGCCACCACUGUCCAGCUUACUGUCUCAUGAGUUCUUCAGGAAUGAUUUUCUGGAAGUUGUGAACUUUCUGAAAAGUUUAACCCUAAAGACUGAAGAGGAAAAAACAGAAUUUUUCAAGUUCCUGCUGGAUAGAGUGGCUGGGGGGGUGCUUCUACUCAAUCAGCUUGUGUUUGCUGAGCCGGUGGCUGUCAAGAGUUUCCUUCCGCAUCUGCUGGGUCCAAAGAAAGAUAAAAGUGGAGAGAGCCAGGCCGCCCGCCUGCUGUCCCCGGCCCUCUUCCAGACGCACAUCACGCCGGUGCUGCUGAAGCUGUUUGAGGUCCACGAAGAGCACGUGCGUGUGGUGCUGCUGUCCCACAUCGAGGCCUACGCCGAGCUCUUCACCCACGACGAGCUGAGAAACAUCAUCUUGCCCCAGGUGCUGCUGGGCCUCCGAGACAGCAGCGACUCCAUUGUGGCGACAACGCUGCACGGCUUGGCGGUUCUGGUCUCCCUGCUGGGCCCCGAGGUGGUUGUGGGGGGCGGACGAACGAAGAUUUUCAAAUCCUCCGCACCAAGUUUCACUAAAACCACGGACCUUUCGCCGGCAGGCUCCCCCGCUCACGUUAGCAGCAGCCAGCGCGCCCAACCCCUGCAGAACAGCGCGCCCAGUGUGUUCCCCCAGCGCCCCGUUGUUGGAAACGCGUCCCUCGGCGGCGAGGAGCGAGCGCCAAGAAAAGACUCUCCCGUGGCCUUAACGCCAGCCCCCGCUCACGUUAGCAGCAGCCAGCGCGCCCAACCCCUGCAGAACAGCGCGCCCAGUGUGUUCCCCCAGCGCCCCGUUGUUGGAAACGCGUCCCUCGGCGGCGAGGAGCGAGCGCCAAGAAAAGACUCUCCCGUGGCCUUAACGCCAGGCGGACACGCCCCUCUGCCGGCCCUGAACGGAGCCCCGCCCGGGCUGGAGUGUGCUGGAGGCCCUUGGAGCGCUCCUGAAAAGCCCGUGGAGGAGUGGCCAGACUGGAGCGAGUCCGAGGAGCCCGAGACUCAGAAACCUGUGACCGUCCCACUGUGGCCGACACAGCCCGCUGGCGGCGCGCGGGCGGCCCGCCCUGCUCCUCCCCUGGGCUCGGGGAACGGCCUCUGCACGCCGAGAGCUGACGGAGCCCAGGCCCAGAGGCCUGGUGCCCUUCAGCUGAGCAAAGAAUCCAGAAGCAUCAAACCGAGUCCUCCCCCCACAUCCAGCCCUGCCAGUUGCUGGAGCAGGGACAGCUGGGAGCAGCCGGGGGAAACCCCGGCCCCGGCUCCCCGGCCGCUGUGGGAGUCUGGCUUGGGAGAGGAGUUCACGAUUCAAGUGAAGAGGAGGCCGGUGCGGGACCCUGAGCUGGACUGGUUUGCUGACAUGACCCCGGACAUCAAACCCUCUGCUGCCUUCCUGCUUUUCCAGGGCGGGCCCACGGACUCGCUCGUUCUCAAUCACUUCAGUGCGGUUGCCAGUGGAGCGGGCGCCUCGCGGAUCGGGCCCUUUUCAUCCAAAUUUGCAGCUGCUGAAGUGGCUGAGGCAGAAGCUGCCGGCUGGGCCGAGGAGGAAGAGGUGAAGUGGGAAGAAGAGACUGACUGGGGACGGCCCCCACCCAUUGGCUUCCAGCCCGGGCUUAUUGCUUCCACGCCAGUCUAG